UGUAGUUUUAUUCUUUUUUGGAAAUAGAAGCAAAUAUAAUACAGCGCAUAACUUUUGUCGCUAUCAUCUGUAAUAUCAGUUUGCGUUUUGUUCUCAUAAACGACGGAGGCGAGGAAAGGGGAGAGAAAGACGACGAAGAAAUGUCCGGAAUUAACUACAGUAAAUGGGAUCAUAUUGAGAUUUCUGAUGAUGAAGACGAUACCCAUCCAAACAUUGACACUGCUAGCCUGUUUCGCUGGAGGCAUCAGGCCCGCCUGGAAAGAAUGGCAGAAGCCCAAAAAAAGAAAGAAUCGUAUGAAAAAGAGAAACAAUCAUAUCAACAGAAAAUGGCAGCAAUGAAACAGAAGCUAAAAGAAGCAGAAGAGUCAUCAGUUGCUGAGUUUGAGAAACUAAGGCUCGAAAUGUCAGAAUUGGAAAAACAAGAGGAAGAAUUUAGAAGAAAAGAAGACGAUCUGAAAAAAGAAGAGCGGUUAACUCCGUGGAACAUUGACACCAUCUGCCAUGAAGGAAAAACUAAAACAGUGAUCAACAAGUCAACACCACCACCUAAAGAACUGUCUGAAGAAGAGAAGGCAGAAAAACAGCAAGAGUUCAGCAAAAAGUAUAGAGACGAUAUUCGUAAGUUUGGGAUGAUGCAAAGAUACGAUGACAGCUUACAGUAUCUCCAGGAACACCCAUAUCUUGUUUGUGAAGAGACAGCCAACUACCUGGUCAUCUGGUGCAUUGAUCUGGAAGUGGAAGAGAAACAUGAUCUGAUGAAACAUGCACAUCAGUGUAUUGUCAUGCAGUUUAUUUUGGAGUUAGCAAAGAGUUUAGAGCAAGACCCACGCAGCUGUGUUAGAGCUUUCUUCUCAAGAAUCAAGCUUGGAGAGGAGCAGUACAUGAUGGCCUUCAAUGAUGAACUUAACAGUUUUCGCGAGAGAGUAAGGGGCAGAGCAAAAGCUAGGAUCGAAGAAGCAAUCAAGGAGUAUGAAGAGGAAGAACGAGAGAAGAGGUUAGGUCCCGGUGGUCUUGAUCCAGUGGAGGUGAUGGAAUCCCUGCCUCCGGAAAUGCAGAAGUGUUUUGAGAGUCGGGACAUUGGGAUGCUUCAAGAUGUGGUCAUGAAGAUGCCCAAAGAAGAGGCAGAAUACCACAUCAAGCGCUGCAUUGACUCGGGUCUGUGGGUCCCUAAUGCUGCUGAUGCAGAAAAGGCAGAUGAAGAGGGUGAUGGCAAGGCUGCAGCAACCCAGGAUGACAGUGCAGGUGAUGACAAGGAUGAAACGUAUGAAGAAGUAAUCUGAAGGGUGAGACCAUGAAGAUCAACAAAUAUAAAAAUGGUUGCAGUACUAUAAGUCAAGUUGCCCACAGCAUCAUGCAAGAUGGCUGUCUGAUUUUUUAACACAGCAUCAUGAAAGAGUACUUCAUAUUGCCAGAAACAGUUUCAGAUUUCUUUUAGCAAGUAUUAAUAGGGUUAAAUGUAUUAAAUUCAUUUCUGCAUCCUCUUUAUCUGGUUAAUCCAGUCCUGUGACCAUAUUCAUGAAGCAAGUACAAGUUUUAAUCCACUGUCUAAAAAAGGGUUAAUCAUGAAAAAAUAUCUCUGUAGUUAUAAUGCACUGUCCAGACUCUUAUAUAUUGCAUUAUUGCUUUACCUCAAGACAUGAUUACCCCUGGUUAAUAACUAUGGUCCCAGGAGUAGAGCAACAUCCAUGGAGUCUGGAUGGCACUUUAUGACUACUGAAAUUAUACUUGCCUUUGAUUUACCCAGGGGUACAACUUGCAUUUGCUUCAUGAAUAUGACCCUUGGAAGUGCCAAUAGGCAUAAGCUAAGGUAGCAAGCAUUUUGCUGAUUAUGGCUGCAUGUUUACCGAGAGGUGAUUAGCUGCCUUUUCAAGAUUAAACCACAACUGGCUUCUCUUCCUGCAUGCAUUGUCAGUUGCCUUGAUGCUUGAUUUAUAGAAACAUGUCUCCUAACUCAUUACUGGAAAUUGACACAGCUGUCUUUUACCUUGAGACUCUCACGGCGUGAUUAAUAUCCAUAAAUGCUAUUAUCAAUUUACCAUGUCUUCACACUGCUUUACCUCAAAUGAUGGAUACCUGAAUUUAAAUGUGAGCUGAUGGUGCAUGCAUUUAUUAGUGAUUGCUGCAUUUUCCAACAGUGAUUGUCGCUAUCAUUUCUUAGCAAUGGCAUGGGUGGAGAACCCAAGGAUAUGAAAAUGAUGGCAAACUUACAUGCAGCCUGAAAUUAAAAAAUAAACAAUAAGUGCUGCAAGCACAGUUAAGAGGAUGAGAUUUGAAAGAUCUUGAAGUACUGUAGUCUGUGUAAUUAGGUCACCAUGGAGCAUGACCCAUGAUUAUGAAUUGUCAUUGCAGAUUAAAAAAUAUGCAAGAUUUUGGACUUUAUUCCAUAGUAGGAAAUUGAUGACAUUUUGCUGGCAUGACAGACCUGUGUUCAAAUGUCAUUUAAGUGCUUUAACUCCAACAGAUCCUCACUGGGCUAAAAUCUUUUUAGGGUUCAUAAAAUUAAGGGAGACAGUUAUUGUAACUAACAAAUAUAACAUUUUUAAUCACCCGAUGAACUAUUUUUUUGUAAAGUUAAUUUGAAAUGUUACAUAAAUGUUUCAUGUGUUGCUUAAUAAAGACUUGCCAAAUUCCA